UGUGCGCGCGCUUGACGCGAGUAACAAUUGAAGAAAUUGGCAACAAAUGAAAGUAGCAAUUUCAAGCAGAAGGUGUUAAUCGUCCCUGGCGUGGUACCUCUCCCCUCCUACUGAGCUGAUAAAGCAAUCCUCAAACCUCAGAUAACUUUUUUUUUACUUCCCUUCCAUGGCGAGGAGUGAGCUGGAUACAUUCCCCUCCAAGCGGCAAGACAAGCUGGACUUCUUCCUGAAGAGACACUUGGAGGAGAGCGUCUUUGACAAGAUCCGAAUGUACGAGGCGUGCAUCGUGGUGUCGGAAAGGAAGCAGAAGAAAGCCUUUGAGUAUGUCAUACUGACCGACGAGAGCAUCUACUUGACGCAGAACCCACCCAAGACCAUCCACGAGGCGGUGCAUCUCAAUGAUGUUGUUGCAAUCGAGCUGGUCGAUGAUUAUCCAGAUUUUCUGAGCGGACAAGAUCGUGAGUCUGCACAACACAUUCGCAUCGUUUACAUUUCACGGGCGGAGAAGAAACAUCACAAAGUGCAAGUUAGCCGCAAUAAAUAUUUACCCGCUCUCAUCAGCGGCAGAAGGAAACUCGGUGCCAUAAGCCAGGAGGAAGUUCUGGUUAGUAGCAACAUCCAGGAGGGCAUCAGCACAUCAGAUGCACCGAACACAAAGCAAUACAGACCUCUGAAUGAAUUCUCUGUCAGGGAAAAUGCAGCAGAGGCUGGGGAGCCACAUUCCACACUGAAGCAUUCAGCCUCCUUCCCUACCUCUGCAUUGAAGAAUCUGAAACUGUCUGAUCAACGUAACGUGGAGUGUCCUAUACCUCCAAACGCCCGCCCGCUUCCAGUCCCUCCGAAAGAAACUACAACCGCCAUCCCUGCACUGAGAGCGUCUCCUUAUAGAUCACUAUCAAUGGAACAGUUAGCAGCCAGUCCUUAUACCUGGCACAGAAAUGCUAAGGAACAACGAUCUGAUACAAGUGACGCCACCCCCGAGCCAGACAAAAGGACCACUGGUCAAUUCAAGCAGCAAGAGUCCGAACUUCACCUCUAUAUUAUUUCGAUGUCCUCUCUAAUAUUUCUCCAUUUGAAAAGUGCGUGGAACAAUUAUAUGAUUCAGUCGACACUAAUGCAGGACCCAGCGUAUGCAAGAAUAAGUGCACCGUUAUCUCCUGCCCAAGCUCCAAGAUCACACAGUUCAGAGGAAAUAAAUAAGCUGUUCAAUCAACUGAGCACUGAGUUACUCCAUGGGAAUAAUUUACUGGAACGGAGCUUCUCCCUGGUGCAGGAACUGAAAACAGCAGCUCGCAGGAACUUCACCAUUAAAAAACUCUUUUGGAAGUCGAACGACCUGUACCCCUUUCUUAUCAGCAAGCUUCAGGAGCACUUGCCAAAGUCUGAGCAUCACAGCACCCAGCAAGACAAGCGCAAAAUGGCAGACGACCUGCAGUUAUGUAUUUUGAUCGUAGAGACACUAGGCGUCAUGUUCAGGGAGACUGAAACAGAACCAACACGUCUGGCUCUUCUGAAUGCUAAACGAGGUAUGUCCGUCAUGAACUUACUGAAGAUCUUAUUAAGUGGACUGGAGAUUCUCAAAUCAUCACAUGCAGUUGGUAUCAAUGUUCCAAUUGCAUAUGAAAUCUCGGCCAAUUCUCAAGAUCUCGAGCUACAGAAGCUACUGCUGGAGUACAGUGACGCAGUGACAGCUGUCGUGUAUGAAAUUUUCCUCAUAACUCACCAGGGAAACUGGGGAUCGUCCUCAGGGAACUUGAUGACAGUUGGAUGGCUGAUGGUUGCUCUACAAAAACUUCCUUCCAUGUUGCCUUUUAUUGACCAUAUGAUGAAACACAUCAUUAAGAUGGUGCUACCUCCAGUGUAUAUCAUGAGCCCCACUCAGGCAUUGCUUCUUUUCCAACAAUUCUAUAUCCUGAACACCUGCAUCCAGUAUGGCAGCAAGUUAGCAGAACAUAUCAGGAGUAAAUACAGUGAGGAGUUCAGGUAUUACAUCCAAAGUGCCACAGUGGAAGCAAUGCUUCCAGUCCAUUACGCUGUUGCCCAGCCUACUAUUCGGCUUCUCCGCCAAGUGCUCAGCUUCAUCCUCCACAAGCUGGUCUGAACGUCCAAGAGGAUUAAAGUGGUGUUAGUAAUGAUCAUCAAAUUCAAAUGGAACUGCUGUCAGUGUAAAAGCAGCGAUAUUCACACAGGUACUUACCUCCUGGUGUUAUUGAAACCAAUAAUGGUUUGAGAUCCCAUCUAUGUAAAACUGUUAUUUGAAACCUCGAAUUCUAAAGAAGAGUAAUUCGUAAAAUGAUAAAAUGUAAUUUUUUUGCUGUUAACUUGGGGGGGAACAAGUUGCAAAUAUCGAAUGUCACUUAAUAGCUAGGGCAAGUCACAAAGUGCUACAUAUUUUUAUGCUAAGCUUAAUUUACAUAGGUAUUUUUAAAACUGACAUCUUGCUAGAUUAAGCAUAAAAUAAGAAGCUUAUUUUUGUGGUUUUUUAAAAGUAAACAUGUAGUUUACAAAUCAGCAAGUUUAAAAACUGUACUACACCAUAGACAUAAGAUGGUUUGCCACAACAAGUGUUCUCAAUGUGAGAAAGUCUAAAUGUCAACCAGGCCAUUGAGGGGUAGGAAGCUAAGAAAUAAGAGCAGAAAAUUGGCCUUGUAGCCCCUUGAGCCUGCUGCACUAUUCAUCAAAAUUAUGGCUGGCAGAUCCUCAACUCUACAUCCCUCGAUUUUUCUAUUGUCAAAAAUCUAUUGAUCACUGACUUGAAUAUAUUCAACGACUCAGCAUCCACAGCCCUCUAGGGUAGAGAAUACCAAAGAUUCAUAACACUCUGAAGAAAUUUCUCCCCAAAUCAGUUUGAAAUGGCCCAUUCUUUAUCCUGAGACUAUCCCCUCUAGGGGUUUUGGGGGAGGGAGGGGGUGCAGUAACAGCCUCUCAGCAUCUGCCCUGCCAAGCCCUCUCUGAAUUUUAUGGGGGUGAAAUUGAUUUAAGUGGUUUCACUCCAAGUGGUGUUAAUUUCUUUAGCUAUGUGUUUCAGUGAGAUCACCAUGCAUUCUUCUAUACUCCAGAGUGUGGGCUCCUACAAGAAACGGAACUAGGUGGUUCCCAACAAGAAAAGUGGCAAUAUCGGUUGAGGCAGUCCAAGUUAUUUUGAUGGAUGACCUCACAAUUGGUCAGAAAGAGGAGGCCAUUCAACCCCUUGAGCCUGUUCUACAAUUCAAAUAGAUCAUGGCUGAUCCGCAUCUUAACUUCAUUCACCCACCUUGAUUCCAUAGUCCUUGAUAUAUUUGCCUAACAAAAAUUCCAUUAAUUUCAGUUUUGAAAUUUUCAGCUCAUCCCAAGCCUCAAAAGGCUUUUGGGGGAGAGAGGUCCAGAUUUCCACCAGCCUUUGUGUGAAGAAGGGCUUCCUGAUAUCACCCUGAAGGACCUAGCUCUAUUUUGAGGCUAGGUCCCUUUGUUCUGGAAUCCCCCAUCAGAGGACUUGGUUUCCCUUCAUCUACCCCCAUCAAAUCCUUUAAUCAGUUAGACUUGGGGCUUCCUGCCAGUG